AUGUUGCUUUCCAAGCAGAAGAAGAAUCAAGUCGGGAAGGGUAACCAUUUUCCCAUCAACAUUAUGGUGCUAGGGAGCGCCGGUCCGAUUCGAUUUGUGGUGAACGAUGAGGAGCUUGUUACUGCUGUAAUUGAUACAGACUUGAAUUCGUAUGCCCGCGAGGGAAGGCUGCUCGUUCUGGGGUCGGAUUUCAAUAAUUUAGUGCUCUAUUGUCCUCUUGCCAAGAUUGACGAGGUGUCUGGUGAGACUGUAACAGUAGCAGUAGCAGUGGAAAUGGUGCCUUCAUCACCCAAAAACACUGAAACUGCAAGUGAAAAAAUAAAUGAAAAGAAUGAUAAUUUUAACAUUAAGGAUUCAGGGGAUAAGGAUGUAGAUUUUAUUGUUAAGGACUCUGAUUCGAAAUCGGAAAUGCAAAUGAAGGAAAUUGUUGAUAUGUUGAAGAAACUCAAGUUGAAUCCUCUGGCCAAGGAGUUUUUUCCUUCCUCCUAUAAUCGCAGCCAAAUGGUGGACAACAAUUUUGUGCCAGCCAAGAAGCUUUCGGGCAAUGAUGGUUUUGCGAAAAACCCAAGGAGAAGAAAUAACAGCAACCAAGGCAGGAGGAGAAUGGGCGGUAGAACCUUUAGAGCUCAAAGAGAAGAAAAUAUUAGGCGAACAGUCUAUGUUUCUGACAUUGAUCACAAUAUAACUGAAGAACAACUGGCUGGCUUAUUCAGCAGCUAUGGACAAGUUGUUGAUUGUCGAGUUUGUGGUGAUCCACACUCCCGUCUUCGCUUUGCUUUCGUAGAAUUUGCUGACGAGUAUUCUGCUAGAGCUUCUCUUAGCCUUUGUGGGACACUCUUGGGUUUCUCUCCUGUAAAGGUCUUGCCUUCGAAAACUGCCAUUCUUCCUGUGAAUCCUACAUUCCUUCCCAGGUCCGAGGAUGAGCGUGAAAUGUGUGCCAGGACAGUCUACUGUACAAAUAUUGAUAAGAAGGUUUCUCAAGAUGAUGUCAAAAGCUUCUUUGAAUCAAGAUGUGGUGAGGUUUCCCGCCUAAGGCUCUUGGGGGAUCACAUGCACUCAAUGCGAAUUGCUUUUGUUGAAUUUUCCAUGGCUGAGAGUGCACUUCUGGCUCUCAACUGUUGUGGCAAAGUUUUGGGAUCUGAACGCAUCAGGGUAAGUCCUUCGAAGACGCCCGUGAGGCCCCGAGUUCCUUACCUGGGGAUGCAGUAA